AGUAGCGCCGCGCGCCGCUUUGACGAUAUUUCGCGGGAGACAAGCUAAGUUUCGCGCUGUCAACAGUAGCAUAAUAACAUAGUUGUUAAAUUAGACCCAAAAUGAGUCUGUGGGUGGAUAAAUAUCGGCCGAAUUCUCUCGCCAAGCUUGAUUAUCACAAAGAACAAGCUACGCAGUUGAAAAACCUGGUUCAAUGUGGAGACUUCCCUCAUUUGUUGGUGUACGGUCCAUCAGGUGCAGGGAAAAAGACCCGAAUUAUGUGUUUGCUGAGGGAGCUGUAUGGAGCUGGGGUGGAGAAACUCCGCAUUGAGCACCAGACCAUUGUGGCUCCCUCAAAGAAAAAAAUUGAGAUCAACACAAUAGCAAGCAAUUACCACUUGGAAGUUAACCCAAGUGAUGCAGGCAAUCAGGACCGUGUGGUGAUUCAGGAGCUGAUUAAAACUGUGGCUCAGUCUCAGCAGAUCCAGUCGAGCACACAGAGAGAGUUCAAAGUGGUUUUGCUGACUGAGGUGGACAGGCUCACGAAGGAUGCUCAGCAUGCUUUGCGUCGGACUAUGGAAAAAUACAUGGCCACCUGCCGUCUGAUCCUGUGCUGUAACUCCACCUCAAAAGUUAUUGGGCCGAUCAGGAGCCGUUGUUUGGCUAUCAGAGUUCCUCUUCCCAGCACAGAGGAGGUCUGUAGUGUUCUGUCAACAGUCUGUAAAAAAGAGGGUCUUCUCCUCCCACCUGAGCUGGCAAAGCAAAUCUGUGAGAAGUCUGGACGUAACCUCCGCAAAGCUCUUCUGAUGUGUGAAGCCUGCAGAGUGCAACAGUAUCCGUUCUCAGCGGAUCAAGAUGUUCCAGAGACUGACUGGGAAGUGUACCUGAGAGAAACAGCUAAUGCAAUUGUGAGCCAGCAGAGUCCUCAGAGGUUGUUGGAAGUACGAGCCAGACUGUAUGAGCUCCUAACUCACUGCAUCCCACCUGAGAUUAUCAUGAAGGGUCUGGUAACUGAGCUGCUGAAUAACUGCGACGGUCACCUGAAGACAGAGGUGGCCCACAUGGCAGCAUACUACGAACACAGACUCCAGCUGGGCAAUAAAGCCAUCUACCACCUAGAGGCCUUCACAGCGAAGUUCAUGGCCAUCUACAAGAAGUUCAUGGAAGAUGGUCUGGAUGCCAUGAUGUUCUAAAUGGACUCGGCUAAUGGAGAUGGAUUCAGUAGCUCUUAAAGACUUUAUGGUGUCUUACCUCAAACCUUACUAUGAAUUCUGCAGCUAAUGUGGUAACACUGGCAGAAUUCACCCCAGAAUUGAUGACCUUGUAGUGUGUGAUUUCAGACCAUGGAUUUUUGCUCAGAUUAUCAUUGUUUAUAUUUUAUAAACUUUAGACUGAUAUGGUAUGAAAAGAGAGACACAUCUGAAGACAGUUUUGGUUUAUGUUCUUUGUAUUAUAAAUAAAAUUAAAGGACAAGAC